AUGCAUAAUCCGACCGUAAUUAGCGUCGCCGAUACCGGAUCUACGCAGGUGCUUGAACAACCUAACGGCUUUUUAUGGGCACACAUCGCAGCGUUCGAUGGCCGAUUCCGAGAGCAAUUCCGAAAUGAAUCGCGUUCCCAGAUACCGUUGGAACGACAAUUGGCACGUUCGUCAUUGAGUACAACGACUACAUCUGGGAAAGCGGUGCAUCGUGGUGGUUCUAUGACAUCUUCCCCAGUCACUUCUAUUUCCGAUAGUCAUACUGGAGAUCGUUGGACGUCCUCGCCUCUCCGACGUGAUGUCAGAGGUAACUUUAUCGGUUGA